UUCGAAAUCUCUGAAGGAUCAUGUAUCACUUUGUAUCCGAGCAAACGCCGGAGUUGCGGCUCUCGGAGGAGGCACUGGUCACGAGCCACGUGACGCAGUACCUCAAGAGCUUCCAACUGGAUGCUGUCCGUUUCGUAUACGAUCGUCUGUCCAAACGGGAAUACUGCAUCCUGAAUGAUGAGAGUGGCCUUGGAAAAGUCGCUACGGUGGCGGCACUUCUAAGUGCCCUACCACCCGCCAAAAAAACACUUGUGGUGCUUCAGAACGAUGAGCAACUGCUCACCGGUUGGCGAUUCCAUUUGGACACUCUCACUGACCUCCAGGUGUACAUCAUUCAGGGGGUGCAAGAUACCACCGACUCCCCGCACAGCGUUUACCUGGCGAAAUGGAGCCAACUACGUAGCAUUGGAGAUCUCAGUCGCCUCAAGUUCGACUACAUUAUGGUGGAUAAUCGAGGGCACUCGCUGAACAACAGCUUUUGCACUUCCAUGCUGCUGAAGCAAUUCGAGGGACGGGUGAACGUUCUUAUCUCCAGUGUAGACAUUACGUCCGACGUUAGGUUGCUCUACAAUGUUCUACGGUUGGGCGGCCGACUGGAGCAUCAGUACAAAAGCUUUGCGAGCUUCGAUCGCAAAUUCCACCUGCCAGAUCCGAAGGAGGUAUUCAGCAAGCGCAUAGAUCUCGAGGAAUACUACAAGCAGCGGGGAUUCCUCAGCGAGUACAUCAAGGACUUUCGUCUGCGUCGUUUCCGCCAUCAAUUCGACAAGUCACUGCCGCUUGUCGCACCGGAGCAAUACAAACACAAUCUGAAUCUCUGGUUGGCCUCAAAAAACAGCCAGAGCACAAUAAGCGGCUCAGAGGUUUGCUCUACAAUCGCUUCCAUAGACAACAAUCCGGCUCAGCAAAAUAAAACUGGGCUCUUUGAAGAAUCGGACAGUGUAGAUGAUGUGGCAAUGUCACCGCUGAUAUUUGAGUCCUCCGAAUCUGACGAUGAACCCCUAACAGUAGAACCUGGUGCAGAUCAAAACCCGGUAUUAGUUGUAUCCAGCGAUGAUUGUGAGAUUGUAACACCUCCAAAUACUCCGCCAAAUCGAACGCCCUCAUUAAAUGAAUCGCCUAAGACGAAAUCAAAGAAAAAAUAUAACAAGCAAACGUCGCCGCGCAAAAAAGCUGAUCUCACCGAUUCCGAAGAGGAUGAGGAAGCGAUGCCGCCAAGGAAGAGAACUCGUGCGGCCACCGUUCAUCUAACACCCAAGACAAGGAGACUCAAUGUUCGAAUUUUAAGGUGUUCCCUAGAUAAUCUAAGCACCCCACCACCGUCUAGAACCACUACUGCGAUCGUAACGCCCAAAACAGAGCCCUCAGCUAGGAGAAAAAAUGUGAAAAAGCGCACGGUGAGCCCAGUGGAUGUGGGUCGUCCAGCCACAAGGGGAAUGCAGCGCCUAACACGAUCCGCUGAAACAAAACUAAACAGCAAGUACUUGAAACACCGCACAUUGGAUGAUGUCAAGCGUAGCUUUCCAAGGAGAGUCAAGAUUGAGGGGACCCAAACCCCCAGGAGUAGCAAACGAAUAGUGAAGCAGGAGCCUAAGCCUAAAGCCGAGCAGGAAAAGAAACAGAAGACGGUGGAGGAACCUGUUCAAGAAACUCCGAAACGAAAGCCUGGACGUCCGAGAAAAUGCAAAACUAUGACUGAAGAUUUGGAGAAGACAACGACUAAGCCGCAUUCAAACCCCUUGCCAUCUACUCCUCAAGUUCUCAGUGGCAGCUCCUUGUCCUCGGAGUACAUGCAAUGUGCUCAGCGAAUACCAGACAAUUUGGACGCCAUUGAGUCGCCUGCUUUCCGUGUGCCCUUCACACCUCAACAAACUCCAAUGCUUCUAACGCUGCCGUCUGCUCACAACUUGCUCAACGACUCUGAGGUGGUGGCUAUUCCGCUUCACAAAGAUCAAGUUGAGACAGUGGUGAUCAACAGCUCCCACGAUGAGAGUUCGCCGCAGGAUCCAUCGCAGAGUCGUCGCACCAAGGCUUUGAAAAGAAAACGCAAACCCGUGACGUCCGUCAAUUCAAGUUUUGGCGGAGGAUUGGGUCUACCACCGGCCAAGAGGAGUGCCAACAAGUCUCCAGAUCUGUUUAGCAUAUCCUCGGAUCACUCGCAGAUUCCGCUGGCGCAACCGCGACCCUCGUCGCCCUUCGAAGGCUUUAAGAUCUUUGGCUCUGAGGUGAAGCAGUUUCAGCAGCAACACGCGAAUGUAAAUAUAUCAGUGCCAAAAAAGAAGCGAGAUCGCUCGUGUUUGGAUAUCCUAGAGCAAAUGUUCGAGCCACGACAACAGCAGUCGACGAAAACUAGUCCCAAAGUCUUGCCAACCUUGCCACUGACCCAGAAGGAUGAUGCAACGCCUACCAUAACGCAGAGGAGAAGAACCCUGCUGGAAGAUGACUUCUUUGAGAUAACGAACAAUGGCCAGUUUGGCAGUCGCAUGCGGUUGAACUCCUCUGGCGAGGUCUCGCCCGUGCAACCGGAUCAACCAUCCGUCAGGCCAUCGCAGGCCAAUAAAAUCACCAAUUACUUGAUAGGUUCCGGAAUUACCCAGGAGCGAACGCAACCCUCCAAUGGUAAUCGCAACUCCAUUGUCGCAUCGCUGCGCAAGUCACCCAAAUCUCCGAGACAGGCUGCUAAAUCCACGCAGGCCACGAAGCUAACACGCUGGUUUGGCUCGGUCUUCGGCGGCGUAGGCUCACAGACCAGCUCCGUGGAAUCGGUCAGUGCACCAAGUACGCCGGUCAAUUCAUCCACAAGUGCAGCAGCGUGUCAAACGCGAUCGGCGAGAAGUGGUGGAGCAUCAGGACCGACCAAAAGAAAGCGACUGGAACUGUUCAAGUGAUGAUCAGCAAUCAACUAAGAUGACAAAAUCCAAUUCAAAUCAAAUCCAAUUAUUGGAACAUGAAUAUAUAACGUAUAGUACGAAAUCAAAAGCCAAGCAAAAGUUAACAGCAUCCAAAAAAUGGACGAAUGACUAUUUAGUAGGUUGUAAAAGCAAAUUAAUCUGAGCCAUUAACUAGCCAAUUUAGUUAGAAUUCUACUUCGUGUGCCCAUUUUGAAUUGUAUUUACCAUAAAAUUAAAAAGACACUGCAUAAUAGCGUAUGCGUAUCUCGUAAGUAGAUAUAAUUGGUAAAUUAUUAGUUCAGAAGUUUAUCUAGUUUCGCAUUGAUGCCAAUAGUUAGGCGUGUUUUUGUUAAAUUAUUUCAAUACGCAUUCAAAGUGUAUUCAACAAUUUUAAAGUAACGAAAGAUAUCGUUUUUGGAAGAAAGUACCAUGUAAUUUUGUA